UCCUCCGAGGCGGCGGCCGUGGGGAACGCUGAGUGCCAGACAGGCGCCUAUCUGGACCGUACAGUACCAUGGUUGUUGCUUCGGCCUGUGUUGUGGCCAGACUUUUUUUUCUGGUCCUGACCGUCGGAUGGGGCUUUUAGGGCCCCGCCCCAUCUGGCCUGGCCUGCUUGAAUCUCGUCACCUCUGCAGGCAGCCUAUAGCGGGCAGACCCUAGCCCCAAGGCCCGCCACCCGUCUGAGAAGAUCCAGGGAUGGGCAGCGCCACCUGGCUCGCUCCAGAGCCAGCAUGGGUCUCAUUGACACUGGGCAACACUCCAGAAUGGGAGACAAGCCAAUUUGGGAGCAGAUUGGAUCCAGCUUCAUUCAACAUUACUACCAGUUAUUUGAUAAUGACAGAAGCCAACUAGGCGCAAUUUAUAUUGAUGCAUCAUGCCUUACGUGGGAAGGACAGCAGUUCCAGGGGAAAGCUGCUAUUGUGGAGAAGUUGUCUAGCCUUCCAUUCCAGAAAAUCCAGCACAACAUCACAGCACAGGACCAUCAGCCCACACCAGAUAGCUGCAUCAUCAGCAUGGUUGUAGGCCAGCUAAAGGCCGAUGAAGACCCCAUUAUGGGAUUCCACCAGAUGUUCCUAUUAAAGAACAUCAACGAUGCUUGGGUUUGCACCAAUGAUAUGUUCAGGCUUGCCCUGCACAACUUCGGCUGACCUCUUCCCAGCCAGGCACUCAUGCUGUUUCCUCCUCCCUCCUCUUCCUGAUACUAUCACACUCCUCCAGAUGCUCCAAAUAUCAUACACAAGUGAGCAGGACCGUGGUGGAAGUAGGUGCGGUGCGCUGCUGCCCCCACGGUGUUGUGCAUGAUGUUUGGACACUAGACUAGUUGCAUCUGACAGGAGAAGUUUGUGUUGUACCAGCGCAUGCCUUGGAAAGACUUAAGUAAUGCAAAAAGGUUGUCUUUUUUUUUUUUUAAUCUACU